AUGGCACCCAAACCUGCCUCUACAGCCGGCAAGGCUCCUGCUUCGACCGCAUCCAAAGCCCCCGCAAAGACUGAAGGUUCCAAAGCUGCCAAGAAGACUUCCAAGCCAGCGUCGUCUGGUGAUGGCGAGAAGAAGAAACGCAGAAAGUCCAGGAAGGAAACAUACUCAUCCUACAUUUACAAAGUCCUCAAACAAGUUCACCCUGAUACGGGUAUCUCCAACAAGGCCAUGGCCAUCCUCAACAGCUUUGUCAACGAUAUCUUUGAACGUGUAGCUACCGAAGCAUCAAAACUCGCUGCCUAUUCCAAGAAGUCCACCAUCUCUUCACGCGAGAUUCAGACUUCUGUGAGAUUAAUCCUUCCAGGAGAGUUAGCCAAACAUGCGAUAUCCGAAGGUACCAAGUCGGUGACGAAGUUUUCAUCGGCGGGAGCCAAAUAGGUGGCUGUAAUCUACUAUUUCAUUUUUAUCUUUUGGUCUCGGAUCGCAGGCUUUGUACAACCAGUGUAUUUUUUCAUUAUCUAAAUCAGGAUAACCCAUUGUCCAUACCCGUUCGUUGUUUCGUGCUCUUGUUUCUCCGUUUCAAUGUUUUCAACGUUGAGGAUCUUGAAGGACUUUACUAUCUUUGUGGGAGAUUCGCUAAUAUUCUGUCGAUACACAUUGGGUUUGGGUUCAGGAGAGUUCAAGGCAUCAGAACCCUGCGUCCCUCAUGAGGCUGGGGUAUUGGCUGUCAUACUAGUUUUGAGCAGAAUCAUUCUCUUUCUGCGAGCAAUGCUCAAACCCUGGCGUGAGGAGAAUGACAACACCACGCUUCG